AAAAUCCGGUCCAAGUGAAAUGACCGCCUGGACGACAUUUCUCUAUAAAUGUGGCGAUUUGUUUGGGAUAUCGUUGGUUUUAAGUGAUUUUAAAUGUGUUGUGGUUUUUCGUGUGUUUUAUCGGUUUGUAGAUUUUCAUGUGUGUCCAAAAGUCUAAUAAAUAACAAUAUUCAAACUUCAGGAGCAAUAGAAUUCAGUAAACAGUAGUAAACAUUAAGAAAGUAAAACAUUUUCUACGUUUUUUCUUGUGUUAUACCACGCACUACCAGAUUUUGUGCCCUUAUAAUGUCUAAAAGAAAAUCAAGCGAUUCUCUCGAAAAUGGGCCUAAAAAAAACAAACCCAAUGGCCAUUGGAGUAUGGGACUCCUUGCUGCCAUCGACGACCCAAAACUAUUUAUAGAAUCUGACGAUUUGAUACACAUUAUUAGGGACAAAUACCCCAAAGCCAAAUUUCACUAUUUGGUACUUCCCAAGGAAGACAUCACCAGCAUAAAAUCAGUAACUUCCACACACUUGUCUUUAUUAAAACACAUGGAACAAGUUGCUUUGGAGUUGAUAAGUCGUGAUAAGCACAAAGAAAGCACUUUCAAAAUAGGCUAUCAUGCGGAACCGAGCAUGAGCCGCCUACAUUUACACGUUAUCAGCGAUGAUAUGAAUUCAGAAAGUCUCAAAACGAAGAAGCAUUGGAACAGUUUUACAAAUGAUUUUUUUCUAAAAUCGGAAGAUGUGAUAAAAGAUCUGGAGAAGAAUGGCAAAAUAAUUUUACCACCACGAGAAGUUUGCAAAAAAUUGAUGGAGACGCCUCUGAAAUGUCACAAGUGUGACGUCAAACCCAAAAAUAUGCCUGAACUUAAGAAACAUAUUGUAACUCAUUUUAAUAGAUAAUUUAUUUAUACAAA